CUCUCAUACACAACUCCCACGGUCCACCAUGCCCGUCACACACUUCACCACCCCGGAGAAAUACACCUACCUCCACGGCUUCUCCACCCACCACGAAUCCUCCGCCCUCCCCAACGCCCUCCCCGUCGGCAGCAACAACCCCCAAAAAGCCCCCUACGGCCUGUACAACGAAAAACUCUCCGGAACAGCCUUCACCGCCCCCCGCCACGAAAACCUCCAAACAUGGCUCUACCGCAUCCUCCCGGCGUCCUCCCACUCCCCUUUCCAACCCCGUGAGACCUCCACCUACGACCUCAACCCGGGUGGUCUCCGCGACGCGAAAUGGCAUCAAAUCCCCAACCAACUCCGCUGGGAUCCCUUCGACUUGGACGAAAGUGUCGACUGGAUCCACUCCCUCCGCCUCGUCGCGGGAGCCGGUGAUCCGACCAUGAAAUCCGGACUAGGAAUCCUCAUCUUCGCAGCUGGGAAAUCCAUGGAUGCCAACCACGCCUUCUACUCCGCUGACGGCGACUUGCUCAUCGUGCUGCAACACGGCGUCCUCGACAUCCGCACCGAACUCGGCAGCUUACUCGUCCGACCGAAUGAAAUCUGCGUGAUACCACGGGGGAUUCGACACCACGUCUCCCUCCCGUCAGGCCCAGCACGAGGGUACAUCCUCGAACUCUACCAAGGCCACUUCACGCUCCCCGAACUCGGACCCAUCGGAUCCUCAGGCCUCGCUUCCCCGAGAGACUUCCAAGCCCCCGUGGCGAGCUACAUCAACGACACCACCACCGAACACACCCUCUUCGCCAAAUUCUCGGGUACCCUCUUCUCCGCGACUCAAUCUCACUCCCCCUUCGACGUCGUCGCUUGGCAUGGGAAUUACUAUCCUUACAAAUACGACCUGGGACGGUUCGCCACGAUCGGCAGCAUUUCCCACGACCACCCCGAUCCCUCCAUAUUCACAGUCCUCACAGCCCAGUCCCCCGUUGCGGGAACCGCAGUCGCCGACUUCGUAAUUUUCCCUCCCCGCUGGUUGGUGGCGGAGAACACGUUCCGACCACCGUGGUAUCACCGCAACACAAUGUCCGAAUUCAUGGGACUCAUUACGGGAGACUACGAUGCGAAGACUGGUGGUGGGUUCGCUCCGGCAGGCGCAAGUCUCCACAAUGUAAUGUCGGCGCAUGGACCCGAUAUGGCGAGUUUUGAAAAGGCGAGUAAUGCGGAGUUGAAGCCGAUGAAGGUUGGGGAGGGGAGCAUGGCGUUUAUGUUUGAGAGUUGUUAUAUGGUGGGUGUGACGGAGUGGGGAUUGAAGACGUGUGAGAAGGUGCAGGAGGGGUAUAAUGCGGAGAGCUGGGAGCCGUUGAAGGUGCAUUUCGAUGAGAAUUGGAGGGAGCCGGGCAAAGACGAGAGCAAGGUGGAGGGAGAGGGUGAUGCGAGUAAAGCAGCGUUGCCGCAUUAUGCAAAGUAG